AUGACUAGUGAGGCGGAUUCAAAUCCUUUCCGUCCUGAUGGCGAGCUCUCAAAGGAGGCGGAAUUACUGUUAAAGAACUCGACAAUCCAAAGAGACAAGGUGAUCAUAAACGACCCAGCUAUACGUCCGGUCAAUGGAUUAUCAACCUCCCCCGACGGUUCUGUCUCCCCAGCGGGUGACAUUUGUGGCACCGCUGAAAAUCACAUUUCUCCUACCAAAACCAGUGCAGUCUGCGCAUCCGGCAGCAGCAACACUCAGAUACGAACUGGUGAAGUUAAGUCUGGCCAAAUCUCCGCUGCUGAUGUAGAAGAGACCGUUGAACCCCUGCAUCAGGUGGAACAUGUAAAAAUAAAGUCCGGUCGUGCCAAUUGCUGCUCCAUUCUCUAG